UAAAUAUAUUUCAUUGCAGAUUUGUUAAGAAUCGAUCAUGGAUGACACUGGAAGAAAGAUUGGACAUCGUAGUAGGAGCCCUCGUCCAUCUCACCACAAGACUGUAAAAAAGAAAUCUGCAUCAAGGCACAGAGGUGACAGCAGCAGUCCUUCACCUCCAAGAAGGCAUUCAACCCUCUCCAAAUACAAUGCCGAGGUUUCUAGGAAAGAAGAAAGGAAGAGGGGAAAGAGGAAGAUGAGCAUAUCAUCUUCUUCCUCAUCCUCCUCGUCACCCGAAAGAAAGAAAAGAAAAAAGAAGGCUGCAAAAUCAUCAUCCUCCUCGUCGUCAUCAUCAUCUUCUUCAGAUAGCUCCAGCUCAUCCUCCUCCUCUUCAGAUGAAUCUAGUGACAGUUCUAAACACAAGAAACGCCACAAAAAGAAAAAGGACGGAAAGGGAAAAAAGAAAAAGAACUUGAAAAAGAAAAGUAAAAAAGCCAAAAAGAAGAGCUUGUCUAAAGUGAAAGCUAAGGAGGCCAAGAGCAGGACAGAGGAACCCCAUAAUGGACCACCUUUGGAUUUGCAUCAGGAGUCUUUGGAAGAAAGCGGUCCAGUGUUGACCGACGAGCAGAAGAGCCGUAUUCAAGCAAUGAAGCCAAUGACGAAGGAGGAGUGGGAUGCACGACAGAGUGUUAUCCGGAAAGUUGUGGAUCCUGAAACCGGUAGAAUGAGGCUUAUUAAAGGAGAUGGUGAAGUAUUGGAAGAAAUUGUAAGCAGGGACAGACACAGAGAGAUCAAUAAGCAAGCUACAGCCAAUGACGGGCUGGGUUUCCAAAUGAGGUCUGGAAUACUCUAAUGAUUCUAGAGAGAAUAUCUGUCCUCAGUCAUUGUGGCAUUGGCGGGCAGAUGAUAUCCAAAUCCUACCCAC